GGACUAUAUAAGCCAUGCGGUAGGCUGUCUGUGUAGUUUCUCCUGGUUUCACCUGUGAGAGAGCAUCAGGCAGCAUGACCUCCCAGCGAUGGAUGCUGGCAUUCUGCUUUUCACUGGCCUCAGUUCUAGGCACAGGAGAGUCAGUCACAACAACAGAAAUUCAGAAAUACACUUGCAGGACAUUUGGCAGCGGGGUCGUCCAGCCUUUCAACGGUCCAAGUUUCUAUGUACGGUCCAACUGCCCGUUCACCCUCACCCGCUUCACACACAACGCAGUGGAAUGUGAUAUCACCAUACAGCGAGGUGACAACGGGCUGCUGGACCAAGUCGAGAUCAUCAUCAACAAAGUGAAGACCAUUGUGCAGAGUGGAAGCAUCAUGGUGGAGAAGAAAAGUGUUUCCCUUCCAUAUGACCACACCUACCAGCAUAUCUUUCAGUACGGCAUCUACACCAGACUGAGGAGCUCGCUGCUUCCACUGUCUGUCACCUGGCACAGUGUCCCCGGGGGAAUAGACACUAUGUGGGUGGAGGUGGAGCAGGAGCUGAGUACUGGCAUGACUGGACUGUGUGGAAAACACAGUGUCACAGACAACAAGCAGCAGCUGAUUAUGGAGAGCGUGCUCGCCAAGGACACAUGUCAAAUCCGAGAUCCUGUUUCUGCUGUGAAUACAGAAUGCAGAAUGUUCUUUUCCUACACUUUCGAUUGUCUGCAAGCCAUGAACCGUCAUUAUACCCAACUCUGUGAAGAGAACAUUUACAGCUACGAAAUGAGCAAAGACAUCAGCUGUGCUUUCUUCAAAGAAGUUGCCCAACACUGUGGGAACAACAGCUAUGUCUGGAGGAUAUGGAGAGAUACAACCAAAUGUGUGAAGCCAAGUUGUCCAGGAGACCUGGUUUAUGUAGAACAGGGCGCAGCCUUUGCUCCCAGCUGCUCCAGCCAAAACCUCACAUUCUCCAACCAGGAACUCACUAGCUCCUGUGUCUGCCCAAAGGGUACGGUGCUUAAUGAACAUGCGGAUGGCUUCCACUGUGUGAGUGUGUCCAGCUGCUCCUGUGUAUUUGCUGGCCAGACCUACUCAACCGGAGACAUACACAGCACCAAAUGUCAGUCAUGUGUGUGUGAUAGUGGGAAAUGGCGAUGCUCUGAAAACUCCUGCCCACCCACAUGUCUCAUUGAAGGGCAGUUUGUAACAACAUUUGACGGCAAACAAUAUGCCGUCCCUGACAAAUGCACAUAUGUGGCUUCACUGGGUCUCAACUGGAUGAUAAUAAUCAAGUUUUCUGCAGAGGCACCCUCCCUGGAAAAAGUUUAUCUUGUACUUUUUCAGGAAAUAUAUGUAUUCACAGACAACAAGGUGAUGUUCCGUGGGGGGGAGAUCACUCAACUUCAUGAGUCUGAACAUGCUUUGAUUUUCUGGCAGUCCUCCAUGUACGUCCACAUCCACACAUCCUUUGGUAUGAAGAUGGAGGUCCAGAUGUUUCCUGAAAUCCAGCUGUACAUCAACCCAACCACAAACCACUCAGGCUCUAUCUCGGGUCUUUGUGGCAACAACAACAAUGACACCACAGACGACUUCACCACCAGCAGCGGGAUCAUCGAGAACUCAGCUCAGCCUUUUGCUCAGUCCUGGAGUUCGGUUGCUUGUACGGGGAACAUGCCCAUCUGCAUUAACACUGACAAUGAAAUAUUUGCAGAUGAAAAGUGCUCUGUGUUGAACGACCCAGCUGGGAUAUUUGCUAAGUGCCACGAUCAUAUCCCAAGCAAUCACUACCACAUGGCUUGCAUCCUAAGAACGUGUAACUGUGGCAGCAGUCUGCAGCAGUGCCUGUGUGUUGCUCUGGGCAACUAUGCCAAAGCCUGUGCCAGUCUGGGUGUUGUAAUUGGUGACUGGAGGGCAGCCACCAACUGCACUUUGACAUGCCAGAAGAACCUUGAAUUCUCGUACAACAUGCAAGCCUGCAACCACACAUGCCGCUCCCUGUCUGGUCCUGACCCUUGCUGCGGGCUGGACGAUGCUCCUGUAGAGGGCUGUGGCUGUCCAGAGGGAACUCACCUGAACCAAGGACACACCUGUACCCCAAAAGCAGAGUGCCCUUGCCACUAUUAUGGCGGUACAACGCCCCCGGGUACUGUUGCUAUUGACGGACGAAGGUGCAUCUGUGAGGAUGGAGAGCUGCAGUGUUCUGCUGAUUGUGGAUGCAGAAAUGGGAAGGUUUGUGUUCACUGCUCUAAGGACCCUGUUAGCACAUCUCAGAAAACUUGUGACAACCUCAGCAAACCAAGGAGUGUCAAUAUGACAUGCCAGAGUGGCUGUUACUGCCCACCUGACCAGUAUGAGGAUCACCGUGGCAACUGUGUUUCUCUGGACAACUGCACCUGUGUGUACAGCGGCAAAGUGUUCAGUGCAGGACAGCACGUCAAAACCAACUGUAAAACAUGUAUCUGUGGUCAUGGUCGGUGGCACUGCAGAGACGAGCCCUGCCCCGGGAAGUGUCAAGUUUACGGAAACGGACACUACCAGACCUUUGACUCCAAGUGGUACCGCUUUGAUGGACAGUGUCAGUACACUCUUGUAGAGGAUGACUGUGGAAAGGGAAACGGCACCUUCUCUGUGAGAGUGGAGAGUGUGCCCUGCUGUGAUGAGGCGCUCACCUGCUCUCGCUCCAUCAUCCUCGACCUGCAGGUGGACGUGAUGUCCAGUCCCCUGGCAUUUGGCAACAGCUGGAAAGCCGCCACACCUCCUUGCUCUGAUGUGACCACUGAGGUAUUUCCAUGCGAACGCAACUCCUACUGCUCAGCCUGGGCCCAGCGGCGCUGUAGGAUUAUCACAGGAGACAUAUUCAAUGAGUGCCACUUAAAGGUGGAUCCAGAUCCCUACUAUCAGGCCUGUGUGCAGGAGUCCUGCUCCUGUGAGUUUGAAGGGAAGUUCCUGGGCUUCUGCACAGCUGUUGCAGCCUACGCAGAGGCCUGCAGCGACAAGGAUGUGUGUGUAAAAUGGAGAACACCUGAUUUGUGUCCGGUCUACUGUGGCUACUACAACGAGCAAGGCCAGUGUAGCUGGCACUAUGAAGCCUGUGGUGAGAUGCUAACCUGCGGCAAAGACACCAGCACUCACAAGCUGGAAGGUUGCUACCCCAGAUGUUCAGAGGAGACGCCAUACUAUGAUGAAAAUACUGGUGAAUGCACCAAAUUAAAAAACUGCACUUGUUAUUUUAAUGACACUGUCAUUCAGCCUGGAGCAGUGGUGAUGAUACAGUCUAUUAAGUGCCACUGUGAAAAUGGAAAAAUGAACUGUACUUCAGUACCUUCAACCACCACUCCAACAUCAAGCACUCCCACCACAACUGCCUCAACUACCAUUGAAACUGUGCUUUACAACACCACUACACCACCAACUACUGAAACUGUGCUUUACACUACCACUACACCAACCACAACUACAACUGCCUCAACAUCUACCACUAAACUGACAACCACUGAGGAAUCAGGCACCACAAUGACAUACCACACUUACCCCACAGAAGUAACCGGCACAACAGAGACUGCAUCUACAGAUUACAUUCAUUGUAAGUGUAAAGACCGUAAGAAGAAACAAAGCUGGGACUGCGGUGAGACGUGGAUGGAGGACUGCUUCAAUAAGAGCUGUAUAGGGGGCAAGAUAGAGUUGACUCCAGUGGCUUGUCCAGAGACUACGGUUCCCAAUUGCCCCAGAAACCAGGUCACGAAAGUCUCAGAUGGAUGCUGUGAAAGAUGGGAGUGUGACUGUCGCUGUGAUCUGUAUGGGGACCCCCACUACAUCUCUUUCCAAGGUGCAACCUUUGAUUUCCUUGAUGAUUGCACCUACAUCCUGGUGGAGGAGAGGUCUCCACGUCAUCAUCUGAAAAUUGCUGUGGACAAUUUUUACUGUGUGCCAGGCUUUGAAAUCUCCUGUGCUAAAGGCAUCAUCCUGAAAUAUCAGGACAGUAUAGCUACACUCAGUGUCAUUCCAAAUUCCCCGUUUUCAAUACAGGCCACUCUGAACAAUGUGACCAUUGAGCCGCCAUUUGAGGAACAUGGGUGGAGAUUUGAGACCACGGGGUACAUAGUGUCAAUCUACCUCCCGGAGAUCCGCUCUUAUGUCUCCCUAAGUCCGUUUUAUACCCUGGUGGUCAGUCUGGCUAUGGAGCACUUCCACAACAACACCCAGGGACAAUGUGGUGUAUGCGGUGUUGGGUCAUGUAUCCGUAAAGGAGGGCAGAUGGAGGAUGACAGCUGCUGUGAUAAGACAGCCUAUGACUGGGUGUAUGCCGACCCACUGAAGCCUGCCUGUGCUUCUGCACCAAGGGACGUACCUUGUUACUCACCCACACCCCCUAGCACACCCACUUACACCCCUUGCCCUGCGAGUGCACUAUGCGAGCUGCUACACCACCCAGUCUUUGCAAAGUGCAGCGUGAAUCUGGAAAUGACAAAGAGGAACUGUGAGUUUGAUUCAUGCAGGAAUGGUCCUUGCUCCUCACUAGAGCAAGCUGCUGAGGAAUGCAUGAAGGCUGGUGUCUGUAUUGACUGGAGAGGACUGACCAAUGGAAGCUGUACUGUGACAUGUCCAGAAGGAUUGGUUUACAGAGAAUGUCAUGACAAGGUGGAUGAGUUCUGCUAUGGAGGAAUACCUCAUCAAGGAGCCUCGCUGGAGAAUGGCAGGCCAGGCUGUUAUUGUCCCAGCGGCCAAUACAGGGCAGGAAAUCACUCACACAUCUGUGUGUCUGACUGUUCCUAUUGUAAAGGACCACGUGGUGAGCCCAGACUGCCUGGUGAGGUGUGGCAGUCUGGCUGUGACCUGUGUACAUGUCACAGCCAGACUCGCACAGAGGUGUGUGUUCCAAAACCUCCUAAUCCAGCGCCUCUCUGUGGCCCCAGUGCUGUUCUGGUAAACACUUCCUGCUGUGGUGAUCAGAUGUGUGUUGAGAAGACAUGCAGUUAUCAUAACAAAACAUACAGGGUGGGAGACAGAUGGAAGGAUGCCGCCCAUCCCUGCAUGACAUAUACCUGCAGCAAAGAGGGUAUUCAGACUGAGACUAGAGUCUGUCCCACACAAGACUGUCCAGAGGAGGACAGAAUUUGGGACGACCAACACUGCUGCUUUUCAUGUAACCAGAGCUGUGCACCAAGGAUAACCGGUAUCAAGUUUACCAUAGAGAACUGUACCACAGUCAUGCAGAUGCCUGUGUGUGAGGGUCAAUGUGUGUCUCAGCCCAGGGUGGUGUUACACGGUGACCUGCAGGUGGAGCAGAAGAGCAGAUGCUGUGUAGAGCAGAGCUCAGAGAGGAGACCGGUGACCCUGCGGUGCUUUGACCUCACCACCAGACACUACUUCUAUAAGCAUAUCACCAGCUGUCACUGCACAACCUACAGCUAGGGUCGGUUAAUAGUGGGUUAAAUGUAUGUGUAAUCAGAUUACAAAAAAAGUAAAUAUAAUAGCCUAGAUUAUAGUUGGAAAAAAGUGUAAUUAGACUAUAAUUACAUUGUCAAAGAUUACUUGAUUCCAUCUUUGAUAGUAUCUUUGUAAUAUGGCAACUUUAAAAUGGUGAUACAUUUUCUUGAUAAUCAGUCAUCUAUACAGCCUUUGAUUUAAAACAGCAGCAACAAACGCACACAGAAGAAACAGCAACCACGUGUUGCAGAAUACAUGAGGUACACCUGUAGUUUGCGACAGUUCUGUUUCUGUAAGAGUAAUUUGAUUUGACAGCACAGACUGCAGCCAAAAUUAAAUAAUUUUGAAUGUAUCCUUUCCAAAUCCUUAUUUAAAGUAAUUAUGUAAUCUCUUUUCUAUCAAAUAAACUGAGUCAUUUAGUAAUCACCAAAGUGUGUAGUAUGUAUCUUCUUUAGGUGCAGUAUUACCCCAAUUUAAAGAUCCCCUCAACUCAAAUAUGUGUUUUUCUUCCGUUUAUGUCCCUUAAAAUGUCUGACCUUGACUAUAAGGACUUGUGUCUGUGCAAAGUUUGUAACUAGAAAGGUGUUUUUAC